GUGUCUUGUGGCAAGUGUGGCAACGGGCUCGGCCACGAGUUCCUCAACGACGGGCCGAAGAGGGGGCAAUCCCGCUUCUGAAUAUUCAGCAGCUCGCUGAAAUUCAUCCCGAAAGCUGGCAGCUCGUCGGGGGCUCCCGGACCUCCCCCCGGUGAAAUCCGGAGCGUGCGGGAGCUCCUGGAUGCGGCCGCAGGUCUGAGCGUGUCCGAGGGGCGGCUGAGCGUGGGUGGGGGGGUUGUGCUGGUGGUGCGGAGUGAGGGCAAAGCAGACAACGACCUGAAGGAGAAGUAA